AUGGGUGGUAUUGGCAAGACAACUAUUGCCAAGUCCAUCUACAACAAGCUCCUCCAAGACUUUAAAAAUUGUUGUAGCUUCCUUGCAGAUGUUCGGGAAAUUGUCAAACAAUACAAAGAUAAAGGUAUUUGUGAUUUGCAGAACCAGCUUCUCAAUGACUCUCUUAAACCGCACCCUCGCAUUACUAAUGUUAACGAUGGAAUCGACGCUAUCAGACAUCGAUUUCUCAAUAAGAAAGUUUUCAUUGUUCUUGACGAUGUGGAUGAAAAGUCUCAAUUUGAUUGGCUUGUUGGAAAUCGUGAUUGGUUUGGUCCAGGAACUAGGACCAUAGUUACAACUAGAAACAAGCAUGUUUUAAAUGUUCUUGAAGUGGAUGAGACUUACGAACCUCCAUUUAUGAACCCAGACCAAUCUCUUCAACUUCUCAACAUUCAUGCUUUUCAGAAAAAGUUUCCUCCAAUGGACUUUGAUAGUAUCUCUAGAGAGGUGGUAUCAGUUACUGCAGGGCUUCCUCUAGCUCUUGAGGUUAUAGGUUCAUUUCUAUCUCACAAGCCAAUAACAGUAUGGGAAGAUACAUCGAAGAAGUUGAAGAAAAUACCAAAUCAUGAAGUUCAGGAACAAUUGAGAGAUGACUGCGGUUAUUUUCCGGAGACAGAAAUUAAUGUCCUUUGUCUCAUGUCUAUGGUAAAACUUGAAAAUGAUAAAAUAUUGAGAAUGCAUGAUCAACUAAGAGAUCUUGGUAGAGAAAUCGUCCGUCAAGAAGAUCUUGAGAAUCCAGAAGGCGCAACAGGUUGUGGGAUCGACAAGAAGCCUCGGCUGUAUUUGAGGAAUGUAACUGAAAAGGUCCAACUCCUAAAUCUUAAUAUUGCUGAAAAAACGUGUGAGCAUGACAAAUUCGCGGAACGAUCUAAACUGCGGUAUCUCCAAAUAAAUGAAGCUGAAGUUGUUGUUGGGGAUUUCAAGCAUCGCUUGUUAAACUUAAGAUGGCUUUGUUGGCAAUAUUACCCACUGCACUUUGAAGCAACCAAUUUUCAUAUGAAGAAACUAGUCAUACUUGAUCUAAGCGGUAGUAUGAUCCCAGAGAACUGGAAGGGUUGGAGUCAAAUUAAGAUGGCAAAUAACUUAAAAGUGCUUGACAUUUCGGACACUGAAAUACGGGAGCUACCUGAUGAAAUUAGGAUGUUAAAGAAGCUGGAAAUUAUAGAUGCACGUGGUUCUGAUUUGAGAGGUAACAUUCCAAGUUGCAUUGGGAGAUUAUGA